UUAGCAUUUUUAGAAAUCUUUCCCGGUUAUUCUUCUAGGUCUAAACGAUAGUCUGUUGACCCGAAUGCAUUACUUCACUGUAUGAAAUGGCACCAGGAAGAAUCAGGUUCGUUAUUGAAAAGGCAAAGUGUACCCCCCCCCCCCAUCCCUCAUACCUCAGUGGGAUACCAGGGAGGGGCUGCCUGCUUCACCUUUUUAUAUUCCCAUCUUCCUUUCUUCUACAAUGGAGAUAACCAGGCAGUUGUAUGUAUGUAGAAUGGUUUGUGUUAAGCCAGAAUGACAACCCCCCUAAAAAAAAAUGCCCCAAAGAAAUGAAAAAGAAAUAAUCCGACUGAAGCUGGCCAGUUAGGUCUGCCCACAUGAUUUCCACGUUAAGGUCUGACUCAGUCUUUCCUUUUCAGCCAGCACGGUCCGGCCAGAAGAUGGCAUGACUACAGGUGUGGAAAAUGGCAAGGCGACCCUGGGUGUGGAAGAUUCCGUGGUGACCCCAGGUGCCAGUGGAGAGCCCCAUGAGUCUGCUGGCUUGACAGCUCCGAUGCCGACAAGAACAAAGAGCACGACAGAGGUUCACAAAGAGGACCUGCCCACUGCAGAAAGCACAAUCCACUCCCAAGGACAAAGCCAGAGCACAACAACCCUGAAUGUGGCAACUAGUCAGUCCCUGGGGAAAACAGAUGGAGAAAAACCAACAGUUGAGAAAGGUGGCUUGUCAACAGUGACCCUGGUUGGAAUCAUAGUUGGGGUCUUACUAGCCAUUGGAUUCAUUGGUGGAAUCAUCAUUGUGUUUGUUCGAAAAAUGUCAGGAAGGUAUUCGCCCUAAAGAGCUGAAGACUUGUGCCCACCUGCCAGUAUGUUUUAAAAAAGAGAGUUUCCAACUUCCCCCCACCGCCUGAGCGUGUGGAGAAGAUGACCCGCGGAAAUGCUUCGCCACUGCACUCAAAAUCCACGGUGACCCCUCCACUCGCCAAAAGUAAUGGAAGGAGAGAGCAUUCACAAGACUCGCUUCUCUAAGCGUUUGUCUUUUGAAAAAAAAAAUGGUUUUAAUAUAAAUUUUGUAUAAGAUGAUUUAACAGACAAAAUGCACAGAAAAUGGAGCAAAACUAUGUCAUCUGAUGUGUAACUAAGGUAGACAAUAUAAUUCAAUCGAUGUUAGAAACUGAAAUCAUGUCUUUGUUCUGAUUGUUCUCUCUUGUUGUUAGAAUGCAAAGGAAUUUGGAAAUAUUUAUACCAAUGAUGUCCUUGGGUGUAAAGCUAUGUCAGUACGUGGCAUAAGCAUUUUGCAGUUUCUGAUCUGUUGAAAUGUAUGCAUUCCAGUCUAAUUGGGUCUGUUUUUAAAGCCUGAUUUGGUGUGAAUAAUCAAGUAGAAAAUCUAAACUUGCAUAAUAUGUAAUGAGCAACAGCCUUUCACUGGUCUGGGUAAAUCAUUUCAAAGGUAUCUAUUUUAGAUCAUAAACAGAAGUCUGUACUUUGGGGAAGGCAUUUUGUGUCUCACAACCAGGGCACCGGCAGGGUCUCUGUGCUCUGCUGCCUGCUCCAAUGACGACUUUAUGAAACAAAGGUUUGCUUCUACCUGCCCCCUUCCACUUCCCUCAGAUGAUGGGGGUCCAGAGCUAAAGGGGUGACCUUCUCUCUUCCCCAUGACACA